AAGGUUAGUUUUGUGUUAUCAAUUAAUUGCGAACAAGCAUGACAUGUGCUCCUUUGAGUGAUCGAAUAAAUUAUUCAAACGAACAUUUAUUGAGUUAUCCUAUCACCGAUUCAAGUAUUUCGUCAUUUUGUGUUUAUUAUUGAUGUUUAAUAGUUCUUAUACUCCUAUCCGUUGACUUCUCUCAACGCUGCUACAAUGUCUUUCAUCAAAUUCAAUCCAAAAGACAAGCGAAAAGUUCUUACCCUUCCGGGAACUAGACAAAAUUCUUCCAAGAAUGUACUCUUAACUCCUAGUGGGAUUAUUUCCCUUGAUCCUGUCAUAGGGGGAGGAGUAACUCUUGGAACUGUCAACCUCAUUGAGGAAGAUGGCUCUGGACAAUUUGCUCAGUUAUUCUUAAAGUUUUUCAUGUCUGAAGGUAUAAUGUGGAAACAUGUGAUAUUCAAUGCAUCAUUGGACGUGGAUCCAUCCAAAUUAAUUAAUGAAUUGCCUGGCCCAGUGAACUUGGAUGAUCCUUACUUCAAAUCAGAUGGUUCAGACUCAUCUGGUGAGCUUAAAAUUGCUUGGCGUUAUCAAAAUCAACCAUCAGUCCAAUCAAGUCUAAGCACAAAUUCUUCCCUCAGCCAUAUUUUUGAUGUUACCAAUUUCAUGACUCAAGAUACUAUAAAUGAUACGGAUAUAUCCCUGUGGCCGCCUAAAGAUGGUGAAGAAAUCUCAUAUGAUGAUUUAAUCAAAGCAAUCCAUAAGAAAAUUCAAGCUGGUGGUUUUCUAUCAAGUUUACCAAUGCCUCGCAAAAAUGUAUUGCGGAUAAGUUUGCAUAAUAUUGGAUCUCCUUUAUUUGUCGGUGACAUAGCUAAGUUCUUUUAUGAGCUACGAUCUCUAAUGAAACACUCAAACGCAGUUUGUUGUGUCAGCAUUCCAACUCAUCUUUUAGAGGUAAAACCUAUUCUGCAUUUAUUGAACUUUAAUCAAACUCAGGAAAAAGAAAUAUCAGCCUGUGAACAUCUCAGCGAUUCUGUGUUGAAAUUAGUGUCAUUGGUAAACAGUGAGGAUCGUUCUUUAAGUGAAUAUCAUGGCCUCUUGACAAUCAAAAAGCUGCCUGCUGUAAACUCACUUGCUUUUCACAUUCCUCCAGGAACUGAUUGGGCUUUCAAGCUACGGAAAAGACGCUUUAUAAUCGAACUUGCUUUCUCCAAUAGUGCAGUCCAUCGUAAACUACCCAUGUUGGUUCUGCAUGUUGCAGAAAAAUUUCACUUGCCUCCUGAACUUCAAGAGUCAGAUCAGAGAGAGCAAGAUGAUUUUGCUGGGACUUGUGGGACGUCUUCCAAAUCAAAGCUUGACUUUUGA